AGGUAGCUGUUUCGCUUCAACGAACCUUCUUCCUUCUGCCUGCUAUUUAUCUCUGAUUCAUAACCCCUGCAUUCAUCUCCAGCCCUCCCCCCUUCCCCUUUCCAUCCAAUCACCCCAUUGUUGCAAAAUCACAAGAGACGGUCGCUUUUGCGCGGCCAUCUUCUCACACUUUUGUAACAUUUGGGCGUCUUCUUCUCCAGAUUGGGUUUUCCCUUCUCUCAUUGAACAAGAAAAAGAAUGCAUUUUUAAUUCUAUGCACUUUGCCACUAGAAUUGAAGCAGAACAAGAUUGAGAGACCUGAGCGGGCGGCGCGGAUCGGGAAUAUGACCCUGGAAAACUGCUUGCCUAUUCCGCCACCUACUCCGCCGUAUCGUCCAAGCUGUUCGACGACGGGUAGAUCGCCGAUGAGAAGGCACCGCCACUGUGUUUCAUCUGCAGAUCGCCUCUUUGAUGAAGCUUAUCGAGCUGAUGUAAAGAUCAAUACGAGAGAUGGUCAUGUCAUCUAUGCACAUGCUAGCGUAUUGGGUGUGGCGUCACCAGUGAUCAAAGAAAUAUUAAGAAAAUCAACUAGACGAGGGCAAAAUAAACAUAUAUCAAUCUCGAUCACGGGUGUUCCAGCUGAGGCUGUUCAUGUUUUUAUCAGAUACCUUUAUUCGUCGUGUUAUGAAGAACAAAAAAUGAAGGAGCAAGUGUUGAGUUUGUUAUUGCUGUCACAUACUUAUGUGGUCCCUCAGCUCAAGAGAGAAUGUGAGCGGGUGGUGGAACAUGGACUGAUAAAUACCGAAAACGCGAUGGAUAUUCUCCAGAUGGCUCUACUCUGUGACGCCCCUCGGCUUAGCUUCAUCACCCAUCGGUUCAUCUUGAAGAACGUUAAACCGGUUUGCGCUACUGAAGGAUGGAAAGCAAUGAAGGAAAGUCACCCCGCUCUUGAGAAACAGAUUUUGCAGUCCGUCAUACAUCAUGACAUUAUGCAAAAGGAAAGGGCUAGAAAGACAAACGAUAGGAAAACAUAUAUGAAUCUGUAUGAAGCCAUGGAAGCACUUGUUCAUAUAUGUAAAGAGGGAUGCCGUACCAUAGGUCCACACGACAAGGUGUUGAAAGGAGAUGAAGAUCCAUGUGGACACGGGGCGUGCAAGGGGAUAGAGGCACUGGUUCGCCACUUCGCUGGGUGUAAAAUACGGAUCCCGGGUGGUUGCGUACGUUGCAAGAGAAUGUGGCAAGUCUUUGAACUUCACUCCUGGCUCUGCGUUGAUCCAGACCUCUGUAGGGUUCCUCUCUGCAAGAAUUUCAGGUUGAGAAGGAAACAGAUGAAGAAGGAUGACAUUAAAUGGAGGAUUCUUGUGAGAAAGAUUGUGAGAUCCAAGAGCAUUACUGGAGCUCCGUUUUUCUCAUUGGAAUCGGCUUGAAAUCUCGGUUGUUUUCUCCCACUUCUCUUGUGUACUAAAUGUAAUGCUCGUUAUUAGUAAAUCGAGUAUCAUUCUUUUUCUGUUUCAUUUCGAGUAUCAUUCUUUUUCUGCUUCAUUAAACGCUCGUUUGAUAAGGGCCAUUUCAUAGAAAUGGCCUAAUGUAUAUUGACUUUUCUUUUUGAGAAGUAAUAUAUUUGGUGAAACUCAUUUCAUCAUACCAAGUGUGUUGUUACUUUGUUUUUUGCCUGAUCUGCCAGAUUUUUUUUUAUCUAAUACUGCUCCGUUAUUGUUUAUACUUCACUUGCCAAAUUGGUUGAAGAGGAC